GGGCUUUUGAGGGCGAACGAGAGGAGAAAGCAUUGGAGGGACAGAGGGAGGGGACCGCAGACAGACGAUAACAUAGUAAACGCGGGGAGAGCAACGCAGGUGAAGACGUUCAUCCGAGGGAGACAAAGAUAAACUCCAAUGUAAAUGCUCCAUCCAGCGAGUCGCGAAUAAUAACCGCAUCAAAAGAGGGGAGGAGACGUGGACUGACGCAGAGAAAAGAUGGAUGUCCAGACGGAGAACGUGGACCCCCCACCUUGUGAAUCCCAACCAAGUGGAAAAAUACGAAAAGGAUUCAAGCUGUUUGGCAAACGCAAGCCCGGUAACAUCUUUUCUCUUAAAAACAACAAGUCACCUGUCAGCAGGAGCCAAACCCUCGAUGGACUACCCGAAGGCGCCGCGCUUGAUGCCGAGCUGGAGGCGGAUAAGGAGAAGGCGCGGGAGGUGAGUCAAGGAGACGGCGAGCACACGGAGGAAGAGCCGACGGGCGAAGAUGGCGUCCUGGCCGCCGCUCGCAACUCCAUCUCUUCAAUCGGAUCGACCAAGUCCAUCAGUUUUUUCUCACGGCUGAGGGGAACCCGGAGAGGAGGGGGGGAACGCAGAGUCCACACCGUCUGCCAGCCAACGACAAGACAACGGCAAGGGUUGAAGGGCCUCUUUGGCAGCAUGAAGUUACGCCUGAAAGACAAGGAGGACAAGGUGGACGCUCCCCCGAGCCCACUCCUCAUGUCCUCCCGCUCCAACAGUGUGGAAAUUAUCAAAGAGGACAUUGGCCUCACCCCCAAAUCUUGUCCUCGCUCUCCGGAGAGCCAUGAGAAAGUGACCCGUGAGAGCUCCCCGAUACCAGCGAGCGACGCGAGCGGAACUGAGAAGGAUGCGGCACCUGUGCCUGCUACAGAAGCUCCAGUGGUGCCAUCUGAGAGCAGCCUGGGCUCCUUGCUGGAAGACAUCUCCUCACUCCUCACCUUUGAGUCCAUCUCAGGAGGCAAUAUCAUGGCUGACGUGAAAGCUGAUUGGGGAAAAAGCAGACGCGCCUCCAGCCCGGAAUCACCUAAGGUCUCAGCAUCGGCCACUUCUCCUUCCACCAGACCUGCCAGCACUUCUCCUCUGACCUCCACUUCUGUGACCACCUCUUCCUCACCUGUAGCUGUCGGCGGUCCUUCUAUUACUUGUGUGACAACCCCAACCUCGUCUUCUGUAGCUACGCCAGUCGUGACCAGUUUGACCAAACCCUUGACUCUGACGAACGAGUCAGUCAAACCAAGUUUGGACUCUUCUCCAGCCUCGGGACAACCUUCUGUUGGGAUUACAAUAAAAUCAGCUUCGACAACCACAAACGUGAAAUUUUCAUCAAGCCCUCCCAUAAUGUCCACCCCUUCGAUAACACUGAAAACCAUACCGAGCACUACUGCCACUAACCAGUCUUCUCUGGACAAGACUCAAGUUACCACUUGUAACUCCACUUUUGGAAAAUUAGCUUCACCAGACACAGUGGCUCCUUCUCUCGCUUCUCCAACCAUCGCCUCAGUAAGUAAACCUCCUCCUGUAGCUACGACAAUUCUUGCAUCCCAUAAACCUGCAACCCAUAGUCUUUCGUCCCCUGCUACUUUCACUCAACCCGAUAGCAAUUCUGAAAUUUCCGCAUCUCCCAAACCUCAAAAUGUAGCUGCAAAGGUGGAAACCGCUCCGAGUCCAGUCGAAACCCGGCCUUCUUCAAUUUCCCACGCCACAAUAACCACAACAAUGCCAACCAUUUCCAAACCUGUACAAAUGUCCAACCAAUGGGUCGCGCCACAUUUUCCCCAACCCGAGUCUAACCUCACAAGUUUCUCUACAGCUAAAAAAUCUCCCAUAUCUUUAGAUAGCACUAUUCUUACAGUUUCUAAAGAACUUCCAUCAACCCCUGCAACAAGUAAGAGUCCAGUCUCCCCUCCGCCCACUGCGACUCUCUUUAAAGACCGUCCUGUUCCCGCAUCUUUAGUGUCUGUGACUAAAGAUCCUCCUGUUUCUGUGCCAACAUCUCCUGAGCCUCCCGCCUCGGCCCAUAUAUCAGUUUCUGUACUGAAAAGCCCUCCUGCUCCAAUACAGAUCCCCGUCACUCAACCAAAAUCCCCUGCUCCCCCUGCCACUACCCCCGUGCCUUUGCCAAGUCCAACUGCAGCAUUUGACAAGACAAGCGCCAACGAGCCGUCAACAAACGGACAGUUGUCUCGGCCGAGUAGCACAGAUGAACAGAAACUGGAGGAACAGCAUAAUGGGUCACGCGCCGACGUCCCCAAAGAAAGGAGGACACAAGUAAAGACAAUUAGCAAAAUACCCGUGGUUGGAGGAGCCCGAGCUGGCAAGCUACCAGUGCGGGACAGCCAACAUACUGAUGACGAUUCAAGCAGAGACCCGCCCACCCCCAUCCAAGAGGACAAGCGUUUUUUGGACAACACUGGGAGCAGAGACAAACGUGGCAGUGUGGAGGUUCAUGUGGCCACCUUCAAACACAGCCAGGAGGAGAGUCAGCAGAUUCAGCAGUCCAAAACCCCCGCCGGUGUUCCGCGUGACUCCAAGAUCCCCGUCAAGCACGGAGCACAGUCUCCAACCGCAUCGCAAAUACCACAAGCUAAAGAAACCCCUCGUACCAAGAUACCCGUCUCCAGAGUCCCGGUCCGCAGGGUGGGUAAUAAGCCCGCAACUGUUGGUGCCGUGAGAAAAUAAUAAGGUACUAUGACACGCCAUGCUGUUUCUCCAAAGUUAUGACUGCAACCAGAUUCCCCCUUUAACUUUGAUGCUCAUUGUCACCCGCUGAUGUCACAAGAUCACAAACAGGAACUGAACUGAAGCACAAACAUGUCCACGCAAAUUCACACAAGGUUCAGGGUCAAAUGUCAACACAGCAACAAUCCCUCUUCGGCAAGAUAAAAAGUUCUCUUGGAAUGUCUCACACAUCUUGGACUGGUGCCUUUUUUUAAAGGUUGCUUUUCCUACAGAUUUCAAGUCAAUCUUUUCUACAGUAUUUUAAACUUUUGUUACGCCGACGUUUUGUAGAGGUCGUCCAAACCUUUUCGUCUUUCUUUCCGGGACCACUCUGUUACUGGUUUCGAUCCAGAAAUUGCAGCUCCUAAUAUACAUUCCACACCUAGCUCGGGAUCUACUGUACCUAUGUAGCAGCAAAUGUGCCGUUUAUAUAUUUGCACUCGUCCAAUGUACAUUCCCUUUUGUGUUUGCCUGCUCCUAUACAACAUGGGUUGAUCACAUGGUGAACAAAGGGAGAGACCGGGACUUUGAAACAGGGAUGGAAAUGACUCGGCAGCCGCUACGGCUGACUCCGUGGACGUUUGAGAGGAUGCAGAGAUGUGUUUUGCAGUGUGUAUAUUGACACAUAUCCUCAUCCUGCUUAUGCUCAAUCUGUGUGCAUAGUCAUGUAGUUUACUAUUUAAUCAAUAAAAUUAUAUGAGUGUACUCUGCAA